AUGGAGAGCACGAAGAGGUGGCCCCAUCAGGCACUUUCGCUUGAAAAAAAGCUCGAAAUUCUUAAGGAGCUCGACCGAAGCAGCCUGACCAAGACAGAGGUGGCGAAAAAGUUCGACAUCCCGAAGUCGACGCUGUCGCGGAUCCUGAAGAAUAAAGAGACAAUCGAAGGAGCUGUCAAGAAUGGAGCCUUCAGCUCUAAGCGGAUGCGGACGACGCCUCACAAAGAACUUGAAAAAGUUAUUUUCAUUUGGUUUAAACGUGCGCGGAGUUCGAAUUUUCCGAUAAGCGGACCCAUUCCGGAGCAGAUGGCGCGAGAGAUCGCCAUGCAGAUGGGUGUCGAGAACUUCACCUUAAGCGACGGAUGGCACAGUCACUUCAAAAAAUGCCACUGCCUUCUUUUCAAGUCACUGAAAGCUACAACACAGGAUGAAUGGUCAGGGGCACUUUCUGUAAGCAGGUCUUCUGCUGCACUCAAGUCUCUCGAAUCAAGCAGUUAG